AGGUUACACACCUCACAAUUGAGACAGAUAUUUUCUAAGUAUAAAAAUAAGUUCUGAAAGUUUAUAAGUAAGUUUAAGGCAGCUAAAACGUUCCUAAAGUAUAAUUUGAGAGGAUAAACUGGAUGUUAAAGUGAAUAGGAUUUCAAACACCGUUACCUGUAAGACCAAGUGCAGGAUAAAGUAGUGUCGGGUUUCUGCGCGGGGUAUUUACAAAUAUUCAACAGCGCCAUUUUUUCUGGGACUGUUUAUUAGAGUGAAAAAAUUGAUAAAAUACUUUCACUUGCUUAUAUUAGUCUAAUAGAUUGCCGUUUGAUUGGCUUAUUAGAACAUACUUAGUAGGUUAAAUAAAAAAUAAAAAUAACAGUUGGACUUGAAAUGAAAGCUACCGUUAGCUGUUAACUUGAGCAUCGACAGAUGUAGGAAACGUCGUCGCAGUUCAAAACACUGACAACCCGCAAACACAAAUGGAGUCCAAGUAUCCGACUUUGAGGAGACCCAGGAGGAAACUGUGUUACAUUACAGAGAAGAAAAGUCUCAUGUAACUAACCCGCAUUUACAUCCAGGAAGCAUUGAUCACAUCUGACUUAUCUGUGAAGUUUGUCCAAUCAGUGGGUAGAAUCAUUCACAUACGAGGACGUUGACAAGAUGUUUGAUGACAUAGAUGUGUGUGUACCUGAACCACACCCACCAUCUGUUUUGUUUCAGAGUUCUGGCUCUGGCACAAACUACAGUGAAGCGUCCAUGUCUCCAGACUCACAAGAAAAACAUCCAGCUGAAGAACUUGCAGAGUACCAAAUCUCCUUGCACCAUCAGGCUCCCAAUGGACAUGUUCAGAUUCCUGCAAGCUCACCAAUACCUAAUCUGGACACUGAUCCGGGUUUCCCGUUUGAAGCACACAGGCCGAUUAAGACAUCUAGUCCCAUAGAACAUAAUCCAAGGGAAAAGACCACAGAGAAUCUGGAGGAGGAGGAGGAUGAUGAUGGUGGGACCCAGAUUCCAUUAAACAAUGAGGAGAAAACAGAAGAAGCUGAAGUGGACCCCUUUCCCAUCCAGAAACCUCAGUGCAAUGGACAAGUAGCUGAGGAGACUGAUGAUUGGGAACUGAAGUCACCUUCAACCAGGAUUGUCCUGACCAAAUUGUCCAGUCACAGAGCAGUGGUCCAAAAUCCAAGCAACGAUGAAAACAUCAAGGACUCAGUUCAAAACGUGAGAAAAGAGCCUGAAGUUGCUUCUUCUACCAAAAAUUCCAGCUUGGAUUCCACUCAGCCGCCUGCAGAACCGUCUUCACAUGUGAAAAGGGACAUGACUGGUUUCCUGAAGAAGAUCCAGCUGGCGAGAAAAUCCAAACCUUCAUGUUCCAAGAAAACUCCAGUCAAAGCACAGCCUCGUCCUCCUCACCCUCCGGAGCCAGAGGAUGAUUUUCUGAUUUUAGAGGAUAAUUCACCGCUUUGGUUUUCCAUUCCAAAUAAAAGUGGCUUGAGUAAGAAAGAGAGGCUGAGCAAGAACUCCGGCGCUGAUGACAAAGAGAGCUCAACAGACAAGGGGACAAAUGAAGGUCCCAUCGAGGUUUCACGGAAACAAAAGAAAGGCAAAAUGGCCAACAACAAACUGGACAGUCAGGCUGUCAAUCAAAGAACAAAGAAGAAGAUGGGGAAAGAAAAAAUACGUGAGUUGGCGGAGUCUAAUGAUGACAGAGGAGAUUUCCUCAGACACCUUGAUCUUCCUGCAGACGACUUUGUUGAGCAGGAAAAACCAAACAAGAAAAAACGACAAAAGAAAGUCCCAUCAGAACAGACAGGCGAGUCAGAACAUCAACCCAAAGGAAAAACAAACGUGGAACCGGAAAAAGAACCUGCCCAGAAUUCAAAAGGUUCGACAAACUCACUAAAUGAGCAGAAAACCCAGACAGAAAGAUCUGACGAUGUGCAGGAGGCAGGGCCUGAUGAUGUUUUUAGAGAAGAACAUCAGGAGCAACUUGUUCCGGAGGCAGCAGAAACGGACAAAGACAUAAAGUCUGAAGCAAACAGAGAGGUCAAGCAAGACAAGAAGUCAACUGCAUCCUCAAGCAGUUCGUCUGCAGAGGCCCAGCUUUCUCGAAAAAGAAAAAAGCAGCAGCCUGGAGGUUGGUGGGUGAGCUCCCCUGCGAACCCAGAGCAAGCAGAAGCCCCCCAACCCCUCAAAAAGUCCAAACUGAAGAGCAAAGAGCCCUGCACAGCUGUGCCUUUGACUGUUAAGAACAAGAAAGACAAAGCGCCGGCAAGGAGAAACUCUAAAGAGCCCACAAAGUCAGCCAGUGAUGACACCAAUGACGUUAAGGAGAGUAAAAGGAAACCGCCUAAAAGGAGAAACGCAAGAGAUGUGAAGAAUAAGGAAACAGCAGAAAAAUCCCGUAGAGCUGUGGCAGAGCUGGAGGAGCAGCAGAUCCCCGAUCAAGAGCUGGAUGAGCAUUCAAGCCCCUUGGUCUUUUCACAGAGAGACCACAGCCUCAACUCACGAGGUGAGCUGUUUCAAAAAGUCUAUCAUCACACCUCCACCCCUGCAUCGCAGACAUGUCAGCAAAAGGAGCAGCUGAGGGAAACUGAACCAACAAAACGUAGGAGGAAGCCACCGACUGAUUGGUGGGCAGUUCCCAAGGUUGAUGAUUUGGAAACCAUCGACUCGCAGCCUCGGCAGCCUCCCCUAAACGACCCCAAACCUCAUCAGAAGAGGGAGAAACGGCCAAAGCAGUCACCAUUUAGACUCGGCGCUCCCAAAAACGGCAAUGUUGCGUCAAAAACACCAGGGGGAGCUCCUGAGGCUCCUGUGAAGCCUCUGUCUGCUCCAAAGAUUGUCAAAUGCUCUCUUGCAACAUUUAAAGACCCUUCAGUCGUGGAGACCCCCACUACGGUCACCAACAGACACACGCAUUAUUGUAAAAUGCGUGACAUCAUGUCCCAGCCUUCAGAGGAGAGCGCUGAUACUGGCCCUAUAACAGGCAGCAGGCCUGAUGCAGACAUGCACAGUGGGGCGGAUGUGGAUGAAUGCACACAGCCCAACCAGGAGGUCUCACUGGACAGACAGAGUCAGGCUGAGGAGACGUUAAGAGUCCUCAAAAGUGGACCGUCCUCCAUGAUUGACCUGGAAAAGUAUGACGAUGACGCGAAUCUGCUGUCAUCCAGGGUCCACGCCGUGCUGUCUGUGUCAGAUUUUUGUGCCGCCCCUCUCAAGCCCCUGACAUUACAGUCGAAGGACAAGGAAAACAUCACUGAAUGGUUCCAGAACCUCUGGACCGUGGAUGCUGACGGUGACACUACAAUCACUCCUGACCAGUUCCAGUGGUACUUCUACCAAAACUGUGCCUUGGGUAUCCAGGAGGAUUUCACCAGCAGCUCCUUCUGCGCCGGAAAGUUGCUGAUGGGCUCCUACACGAAGAAACCCCUCUGGGUGGAUCACAGUGCAACAACUAUUUUUAACUUAUUAACAAGCUCAGUGAAGGUGACCGUCGACGGCAGCGUUUCUCGCUACAGCUCUGGCCAAGCUUUUGUGGUGGAGUGUGGACGGGCCUACAGCAUCCAAAACGUCAACGCACAGCCUGCUGUUCUGUACUUCACCAGGAUGUUGGCAGAGAGUUUGGACUGAAAUUGUUACAGUGAAACAGUUUCAAUGAAAACUCCAAAUGUCUGUGUGUACUGUAAAAAAAAAAGAAAAAAAGGCUUGAUGAUCUGAUUUAACUUAAUUUAAAAAUGUGAGCUGUAAAUACCAAUGUUGCUAAAAAAAAACAUUUACCGAAAAAUUGAGGCAAGACUUUUUUUUUUAAAACAUGUAGCAGUUUGUUAGAUUCUGCUAAAGCAAUAAAAAAAAUAAAAAAUAAAAAAUGAAAUUGUAAAUAAAGUAGUGUUAACUUUGUAAUGGUUUGCCAAUUAUUUUUUCAUUUUUUGUGGUUUUACGUAUGCUUCCUUUAGUUAAAUGUAACACAGAACUGCAAGCUUUUGACAUCUUAUUAAUUGAAACAAUUGAUUCAUGGGGAUGUAUUUUUUAUUAUGAGUUUUGUAUUUACUAUUAAGAGUAAUAAUGCCAACUCCACCUUAUUUCCUUUAAUUUUGCAUUUUCUUACCAUUUUUAGUGACAGAAACUAACACUGUACAAAAAAGGGAAAGUAAUUAAAGAAAUAGCUGUGAAA